UGGAUGACAACAAGCAGCUGGCCCAGCGCAUCGACGGGGCCAUCCAGUCGGCCAGCCAGGAGGUGACCAACCUGCGCUCCGAGCUGAGCGCCACCAGCCGCAGACUGGCCGAGCUGGGAGCCACGGACUCCUCCGUCAGCAUGCUGGAGACCCGGCAGCACAACCACAACGAUCCCUCUCCCCAUGCCAGACAGAAGUCGCCAGCAGCUGACCUCAGCUACAAGAAUGAAAUCAGCAGCCUCAUGGACUUCAACUCUCCGGACGCCUCCCUGGACAAAGUCCUGCUGCGCGAGGAGGUGGCUCAGCUCCAGGAGGAGGUGCACCUGCUGCGGCAGAUGAAGGACAUGUUGAGUAAAGACCUGGAGGAGACCCAGGGAGGAUGCUCGGCCGACGUGCUCUCCGCCACCGAGCUCCGGGUGCAGCUGACUCAGAAGGAGCAGGAGCUGGACCGAGCCAAGGAGGCUCUGCAAGCCAUGAAGUCGGACCGGAAGCGUCUGAAGGCGGAGAAGGCCGACCUGGUCAACCAGAUGCAGCAGCUCUACGCCACUCUGGAGAGCCGGGAGGAGCAGCUCCGUGACUUCAUACGCAACUAUGAGCAGCACAGAAAAGAGAGCGAGGAUGCGGUGAAGGCGCUGGCAAAGGAGAAGGACCUGUUGGAGAGGGAGAAGUGGGACCUGCGGCGGCAGACCAAGGAAGCCACGGAGCACACGGGGAUGCUGCGCUCGCAGCUCGACCUCAAGGAGAAUCGCAUCAAGGAGCUGGAAGCCGAGCUGGCCAUGAUGAGUAACUGUGUCAAUCAGAGAAUGGAGUUCCGGGUGUUUGAGCGUCUUGCGGACAGGGACUACUCAUCUAGGUUCAUGGCGGCCAAACAGUCACUAGCCACCCUGACCAAGGACGUGCCCAAGCGGCACUCGCUGGCCAUGCCCACGGAGACCGUCGUCAACGGUAACAACCAGGAGUGGGUGAUGCAGGCGGACCUUCCCCUGACUGCUGCGAUCAGACAGAGUCAGCAGACCCUGUACGUCCACACCGGGCAUCCCACCGACAGACAAGUGGCGGCCGUGCGGGUGAGCCCUUGCCACUCGCGUCAGCCCUCCAUCAUCUCCGACGCCUCGGCGCUGGAGGGGGACCGGUCGUCCACGCCCAGCGACAUCAACUCGCCACGCCAUCGGACUCACUCCCUCUGCAAUUCCCUAGAAGAUCUGGAGGAGGCGAAGCGUAAGAAGAAGAAAGAGAAGUUGGGGCUGGGCUCGCUGUCGCGUGUCUUCGCCCGGGGGAAGCAGCGCAAGUCCCUCGACCCCGGUUUGUUUGAUGGUACUUCAACACCUGAUUAUUACAUUGAGGAAGAUGCAGACUGGUAGAGCACACACGUCCGAGAGCGGACCACCUGGAGGGCCGUUGUGGCAAAUUAUCAGAAGACAGAGUUGCGUUGAAGCGAGCGUGCAUGUGUGUGCAAGAGGACGGGUGUGUGUUUGACGUCAGCGUGUGUACAGAUUAUAAUAAUGUGUGUGCCUGUGCAAGCUCACACGCAUUGCAUACCUGCGUGUGCACGUGUGUGAGAGUGUGUGCAUGUGUGUCGUCCAUGGUCGGAGGCCAUGUCAAGAGUCGGAGGCGCGUCUUGCUUCGCUGAAGUGAAAAAACCUCACCGAGCAAACUGCACCUGUGUGUAUGUAUGGUUGUGUAAAUAGAGUGAACAUUGUGACACAGCGACCACAUGGAUGUGUUCUAUUGUAUCUGCCCUCCAAAGCGGCUGUGUUAUUGGAUCUUUGAAUUGUUCUUCACAUUUUGACUUUUUUGUUUUCACUCAACUGGAAACUUGAAGGACUGCUGUACUUGUAAAUAACAACAGUUGAUGUGCACUUGGUGCGUGUAAAUGUCUCCUCGUCCUGAAUGCCUUUUGUUAUUUUUGACAUGUACCCCCCCACACACCCCCCUCCUCCCCCUCACUACCCUUUAACUUAAACUCCUCCCUGUUUAUUGUCCUGCCUGGUCCAUCCCCCCUCCUCCCACACUGCCAUGACGAGAACAGUUUCCUGUAGGCAACAUGCAGACUCCUCAAAUCCACCUCCAGCGCGGUUGCACGACACAUCCAUCAAAACGCCAAGAAAACUGUGCAGAGGCACUCCUUGAUGUUUCUGUCCAAUGAGACUUCAAAGACGUUGCUUAGCGAGGACUGAACUUUCUAUGCAGAACCGUUUGUUCCGCAGCAACAUGACGCCAAACAGGAAAUGUAAGAAAUGUGUUUUCUAUCUGUCAGGAUAGAAGGUACAUGUGUGACAUGCAUGCCAGUAGUCCCAGUCCCACAAACGCAUGUUCAACCAAAACCCCUUCUAAACACUAAUGUCUUUCUCUGGCUAUGCUGUCGAGAUGGUGACAAAACUGUCUGUUUAAAAGAACAGAAAAAAAAGAGAGGUCAGUUACUGAUUUCACGGUGUUUAUUCAUGGUUUCCUCCAUUUGAAAUGAAGUGAUUACAUUUGAAAACGGGACCCUCUGCUGCUCUGAUAAACCUUCUCGAGCUUAACAUCCCAAACUAAAUGUUUUUUUAAUCUGCACCUACCAGCUCUUCAUGCUAAAUUACAUUUGAAACAGUAGAGGUCAACAAGGUCGACAGUCCCUAAGAAAACCCAGUGCUACGUUUUGAAUGAUGAAAUAAUUAUUCCACUCCUUCAUGGGGCUUUGUACCCUUCUCUCUCUGUGAGAUCUAACAGUAGCUACCGGCUAUUGUUUUAUGAACACUUAGAAAGGCUGUUGGAAGUAGAGUUACUCUUAAGAUAAUCAAAAAAAAAACUAUUAUCUCAAAAUUAGCGAUAACAUCUACAUCAAUUAUACAAACACGGUAAAUAUUAGACUGAUAACCUCUUCUUCAAACGCCCGGAAUUAGGUCAUUUUACCAGAAAAUCACCUUUAGUGAACUGCUUUAACAAUAGCAGGUGCCAGUUCAAGCCAUUGCUGCUGCUGCUGCUGCUGCUGCUGCAAAAAGCAAUUAACUCUGUGCCAAAGGUUAAUAGUGUUUCUUCAAGCAAAAGAAUGACUUAAAGCCAUUGGAUUAUUUUCAUCCUGGCAUUGGAUUGAGCCGGAGUCUGCACUGCCCCGCCAGGAAGUCGUUUCUCUCCCUGAUAUUAAAACUAACACUGGGUACUUGUCGGUCUCACCUGAGACACUGUAGAGUCACAGAUUAUGUUGGAGCUGUAUUUAACCACAGUGCUUGUCAAAAGAGGGCCCGUGUAAGCAGUGAGGGGAUUAUCAUUUAACCCUGAGCUCAUCCCACGCUCGGGCUCGCAGAUCCAGGAGCGAAUCGCUGAGGGGAUUCCAAGAUUAGUCGUCAUGUAUUAAAUUAUAUGUCUAAGAACAACAGCUCCACCAGUUUAUCUCAUUACACAUUCAAUGACAUGUAUAAAACUCGAGGCUAUUUUUAUUUUGUUCAUGUAACCGACCUUUAUGCUCCUCUGCUGAUGGAGGGGGGGGGGGAACAAACAUAUCAAUCGGAAAAUAUUGUAUCAGUUUAUGUUUUGAGCCAGGGUCUUUUUUUGUCCUUUUCUUUUUCCCGCAGAUAUUUUCCUUUUUUGUAAAUGAGAUAACACUGCAGAAAUGAAAUUAUUAAUAUUAUUAUGAAAGAGUUUUAUUUAAAGUCAAAGAUGUAGGCCUCGUUGGAGGACUUCUACCAUGAGGUCCUGAGAUGUUUAGAAGUGGCUAGUAGCAAACUUUGAAAGGCAUGGCAAAAAAAUGACCCUCAAAAGAACUACAUGAGAAAAAUAAGAUUAUUUUAAAAUAAAAUAAGUAUCGAUGAA